UUUAAGCUAAAGAUAAGCACCUUCUCGUACACACUUACCACUUAUUUUCCCAGAAAAUUCUCUGAAAACAAGCUGCAAGAUGAUGGAUAUUGAUGAAGAAACAAGCAUUACUGUCAGAGAAAUCAAACCAAAGAGCAGAAGAAUCAUAGGAGGAGGAGGACCAGAAGAUGAUUAUGAUGAGUGGCCACCAUGUUUGACACCACUGCUCCAAACAAGAUUUUUUGGUCAAUGCAAGCUCCACGCAGAUGCUCACAAGAGCGAAUGCAACAUGUUUUGCUUGGAUUGCAUGAAUGGUGCUCUUUGUUCUCUUUGCCUGUCUUACCACAAAGACCAUGGAGUUAUUCAGAUAAGGAGAUCAUCGUACCAUGAUGUGAUAAGGGCAUCGGAGAUACAGAGAUUGAUAGACAUUUCUGGGAUUCAAACAUACAUAAUAAACAGUGCUCGGAUAGUGUUCUUGAACGAAAGACCACAGCCUAGGCUAGGCAAAGGUGUCACCAAUACCUGCCAAGUCUGCCACCGCAGUCUCCUUCCUUCCUUCACCUUCUGCUCUCUUGGUUGCAAGAUUUUAUUUUAUUUCAGGUUGUUAGGACAUCCAGGAGGAGGAAGAAAAUCUGCAAAGAAGCAGACGAGUCAGAGGGUGAGUGGUUGCAUGCAACCAAUGUUAGCAAUGGGAGUACAGAUUACAAGAAACAACAACAAAGUAGCUUCACGCCGUCAACGCCGCCGUCUCUGGCCAGGAGGAACGGAGUUCCUCAUCGAGCUCCGAUGGGAGAUCUCAUUAUAGAAUACUAAUAUAUAUACAUAAAAAAAAUUAUUCUAUCCUAAUAUUUUUUUC